AUGGGCGGUAAAGAUAAUAACAAUACCAAUAAUGGUCAGCCUGAUAAUUCCGGUAAUCGCCUGGUAAUACAGCCAAUGGAGGCGCUGUCGACAGAUGAAGGAUUUGACAUUGGAUAUCACGGAUCAAUUGAAAUAGGCAGACAAACGUUUACUGUAAUAUCCGACACUGGUUCAUCUGAUCUUUGGAUGCCAUCACAAGCAUGUGUCGAUGCAGCUUGCAAAGCUCACAAAUCGUAUGAUCCGAAAGAGCAGAGUGAUAAUAAACUAUUCAAAUUAAAUAUGGUAUUGGUGAAGUUUCUGGUAUUAUUGCCGUGGAUGAUGUCUCAGUCGAUGGAUGAAGCUUAUGGAAUACUCAGAAUGGCUCUUGAUCAAUUAAGCACACAAAAUUUAAAAGCAUCUUUCACUCAGUUUGUUGCCAAAAACGCAGUUAAAGAUUCAGUAUUUUGUUUCUUCCUCGAACGUCAAAAAGACGGCAGCAACAGCCAAUUAACUCUUGGUGGU